CGAGCGGCAACGCGGUUAUAUUGCGCUCGGUUUUCGUUAGUGAAUAUUCUCCGAAUUUUGUGCACAAAAAACAUCGUACCGAUAAUCUGCAUCGAAGCAGAUUGCCCCGGCUGUGAUAGGAAAAGAUCAUGUGAUAUCGAUAAAAUAUGCAACGAUAGUGGCUUUGGCAAACACUGAUCGGCGGUUGAGUGGAACAAAAACAUUGAUCCUAAUCUAAUUAUCGUUUAAUCUGGCACAAUGGUACACAAUCGGUUUACCGUACAGACAAUGCUACCGGUGAAUGGUCACGGUCGGAAAAGUCCAGUUCCAACCACAUUCCGGCAGCUCGAUGAUUCGGUUCGGGUGACCGUAACCGAGCUAAAUAACCACAAUAGCAACGAUGGCAUCGAUUCACCUGCCCAUCGACGUGUCAGCAUAAUGGGAAUAACGAGGGAUCCACUUCCGCGGCUGGAUCACUACCGAACAUCAACGCGAAAAAACAAACGACCAUCGAUAGGUGAAUUACGGGGAGACAGCGAUGCAGCCGACGAAAAACAGGAACCAGAAGAAGAUGCACCCAAACCGGCCGGACCUGGCCACGCCAUCCGACUGGGUUGGAUACAGGGUGUGGUUACACCAUGUCUGCUCAACAUUUGGGGAGUCAUGCUUUUUCUGCGACUCAGCUGGAUCGUAGCGGAAGCCGGUAUCAUUCAAACCCUGCUGAUCAUUGGCCUCUCCUAUCUGGUGUGUGUCAUAACAACACUCUCCCUGUCGGCACUCUGCACUAACGGACAGGUGAAGAGCGGUGGUCUCUAUUACAUCAUAUCACGAUCACUGGGUCCGGAAUUCGGCGCAUCCGUGGGUUUAGUGUUUGCCUUCGCCAACUCCGUAAAUGCUUCGAUGAACACGAUCGGUUUCUGCGAGUCGUUGAAUGCUUUGCUAGCAAGCUUCGGUUGGAAAAUAAUAGAUGGAGCCACCAAUGAUACGCGGAUAAUCGGAACCAUAGCCCUCCUAAUAAUGGUUUUGAUUUGUGCAAUAGGAAUGGACUGGGAAGUCAAGGCUCAAAAUUUCCUGUUAGUGUCUAUUUUAGUAGCAAUUGCAAGUUUCAUCAUCGGUGCGAUCCAAGGGCCCACUGAUUCAAUUGAGGAGGCACAGGGAUUUCUGGGCAUUUCAAUGGCAGUUUUUGCAUCUAAUUUAGGGCCAGGCUACCGAUUCAGCGAAGGCAUUCAGCAAAAUUUUUUCAGCGUGUUUUCGAUUUUCUUCCCGAGUGUAACCGGCAUUCAAUGCGGUGCUAAUAUCUGUGGAGAUUUAAAAGAUCCAGCAUCUGCCAUUCCUAAGGGAACAAUGCUUGCAUGUCUGAUAUCCGCCAUUUCCUAUAUCACGUUUUCCUUGUUUGCGGGUGCGGCAGCAGUACGAGAUGCUUCCGGAAACUUAACCGAUCUUGUGGGCGUUAAUUUCACGUCGUGCAGCGUGGAAUUGAACAACUGUAAAUACGGCCUCAACAACGAUUACGGAAUCAUGCAACUUAUGGCAAUUUCAGUUGCUCUGACCUAUCUUGGCUGCUGGGCAGCUACACUGAGUACCGCAUUGACUAACCUACUCUCUGUACCUCGUCUUAUUCAGACACUUGGCGUCGAUCGUAUCUACCCAGGUCUCAUCUUUUUCUCCAAAGGAUACGGCAAACAUGGGGAACCAUACAGAGGUUAUGUUCUUGUAUUUCUGGUAUCCUUUGCAUUCCUGAUGAUUGCUGAUCUAAACACGAUUGCACCGUUGAUCUCCAUUUUCUUCCUGGCAUCGUACGCUCUGGUGAACUUUUGCACAUUCCACGCUUCAUUCGUUGCACCACUCGGUUGGCGUCCAACCUUCCGAUUCUACCAUCCAUGGUUGAGCAUGAUCGGGUCCAUUCUGUGCAUAACAAUAAUGUUCCUAAUUGACGUAGUUUCGACCUUCGUCGCAGUGAUAGUUAUCUUCAUUCUGUAUCUGACGGUCAUCUACCGUAAGCCGGACGUAAACUGGGGAUCCUCGAUGCAAGCAGCUGCCUACAAAUCAGCAAUCAAUUCAGCGUUCAACUUGGAACAAAUCGGAGAACACGUGAAAAACUACAAUCCUCAGUUAUUGGUAAUGACGGGAAAUCCACUGCACCGGCCUGGAUUGUUGAAUUUCGCGCACUUAAUUACAAAGAACCACUCGCUGAUGAUCGUUGGAAAUGUAGUCGAAGAAAAACUAUCCUACAAACGACGAAACGUUCUACUGCAGGAAGGCAAGAAAGCGAUAAAUAUUUCCAAAAUAAAGGCAUUCUAUCACAUACUAGAUGGACUACCUUUCGACGAAGGAGUUCGUGCAAUGAUUCAAUCAUCUGGUUUCGGUAAACUUUCGCCAAACAUUUUGCUCGUUGGAUACAAAACCAACUGGCUUACGUGUAGUUCCGACGAACUGAAUCGGUACUAUAAUGUCUUGCACAAUACAUUUGACAACCGUCUAGCUCUUGCAAUUCUUCGGCUUCCUAGUGGAAUCGAUAGUUCUCAUCUCAUACCAGUGGUUUCGGGACUGAAUACAUCAACCUCGACACUAAGUGUCCCAUCCAUUGGAGCAGUCGAAACCUCUCCAGUAGGUCGCCAAAUAAACCGCGGACUAAUGCCAGUAAAUUCAAACCUAGAUUUACCGGGAAUCGUUCCUGCCAGCAAUACAAGCAGUAUGAGCACAUUAAAUGAAGUUAUUCUCGAUCCAAACACAAUUCUGCACAACAAAGAAAUGAACAUAUUCAGAGACAAGCAACUACCGGGAAAUAUCGAUGUGUGGUGGCUGUACGACGACGGAGGACUCACCAUUCUGCUGCCUCACAUUAUCGCAAGUCGAUCAAAAUGGUCUGCCUGUCAAAUCCGAGUGUUCGCUCUAGCCAGUCAACAGACGAACUUUGAGGAAGAACGCAAUAAUAUGGCAACCCUGCUGGAUAAGCUUCGAAUCAAAUACGUCUCCAUCACUAUGGUCACCAUCACGGAUAAGCCUCAGGAGACAACAAUCAACGCUCAUCGGUCGCUCAUGAACACCAUCAUGGUCGAAGAUCAAGAGAGCAGUCCAAUUGUGAGUAAAGAAGAACGGGAUCAACUUACGGAAAAAACUUAUCGACAGUUACGGUUACGAGAGCUGCUGUUGGAACACUCGAAGAAUUCUGCGUUGAUAGUCAUGUCGAUGCCUAUUCCACGAAAGGAUAUCGUAUCAGCUCCGCUAUACAGUUCCUGGCUAGAAAUGCUCACCAAAAACAUGCCACCAUUCCUCUUGGUACGCGGCAACCAAACGUCAGUUUUAACGUUUUAUUCUUAGACUUGUGAAUGAAUCAUCAUUAGACAUAAGGAAAAAAUAAAUGCACAUACUUUCGUCACACACAGACAUACAAUUCAAAGAUAUAUUUGAAUUUGAACAAAUACUCAUUCAACCAAAUAUGAUAAAUUGUCAUAAACGUCGAACACGAUUGUAACAAUUACAAAACUAAAGUCACAGUGUCCAAUAUAUU